UACACCUGGCUAGAAGCAUCAUGCACUCCAGAUAUUUUACACUUGUUUUAGUUUUGAUGAUGUCUUUAAGAGCUUAUGGAAAUCAGUGCGGUGCAGUAACUGAAUGCACGCCCUGUACCGCCAAACCAGACCAUUGGCAUACACUGGAGUGUAAACAAGGCACGUGUGUCUGCACGACCUCACAAAUAUGUAGCAGUGACGAGGAUUGUCGGAAUCAGUGCCCAGAAUUUCCAUACAAAACUUACAAAUGUCUUGGGAGCAGCUGUGCUUGUUUUAACCCUGCGUAUUAUCCCUAAGAUAAACAAAUUAUAUAAAUAUGAUUAUUAAAGAUGUAUUUGUGUCUAAAAUAAA